ACGCUCUCUCUACCCCUCUUCAUCGACCGUCGACGGCCCGUCGGUAAAGAUUUGCUGCGGCGCAUCAACUAUGGAACUCUAUGUAUUUUACCAUGAACUUAGCAUGGGGAAGGACUGUGAUACGUUGUACAAAUUUAAGCUGCCAUCUUUACCGAUGUCACAAUUACAGUUGGUAGAAUUGGAGUUUCCCUCUCCUGUCUUGCAGAUACCCUACGACAAGUAUCCCUGUUUGAUGGGAUGUGCCCAGCUCGACUCCAAGCUGUAUUUUUUCGGUGGCUACUAUAAACCCCCCUCCACGGAUGAUGAUUUUGAGGGUAUUGAUGAUGAUCUUGAGGUUAUUGAUAUCAUAGUCACAGAACAAUAUUAUUCUCCAUGGGUUUAUGUUUUUGACCUUAAUGCGCAGCAUCAAGGUUUGAAACAAGUUCCUUCAAUGUCAACUGGGAAGCCUAAUGCUUGCGGUUUUGUGGCCAAUGGGAUGUUAUAUGUGCUUGGGGGAAGUGCUAUGUGCCAUCCUAAGUUAUCAAAAACCUCAAUCAAAUGCUUCGAACGGUUCAACCCUGUUGAUGGAAAAUGGACAGUUCUAGACGAUCGCCCCCUCAAAUAUUUUAGAGAGGUUUAUGGGGCUACAGUGAUUGAAACCCAACACAAGGUCCUGAUUAGGGGGCAAGGUCUUGAGAGAACUACUUGUAUGGUCUAUGACUUUCUCCAUGAGAGGUGGUACUAUGACUGGCUCACUGUCGGUUCAUUACCAUAUCGCAUUUGCCACAUUGAUGCUUUUGACUGUGAUAAUGGGGGACUAUAUUUAUAUGGCCUCCGCACUUCCCAUGCCAUGCCAUUGCCCUUUAAAUUAGGACCUCUGAAAGAGCUUGAACAUAUGUAUGAUGGUUCCUCAAUUGGAAUUUUGUCCAUACUUUAUUGUCCAGAUGAUUGUAUGUUGAAGACUCUUUGCCAUCAACGUGAUUUUCAUACGAAUGUUGUGAUGUUGUACUUAGGAGAUGGACAUUUCUGCUAUGUGAUUAGUGGGCAGGGUUGCUUUCCUGAUGAUUUCACUCCUCCUUGUCCACAUGCCCGGGGCAUCAGAUUUGCCAUAUUUAAGGAGCUUUCUAGUCCACGUGCAGUUCAAGAAGACAGAGAAGGCCAAACCUGCACUUUUGAAGCUAAAGUUUUGUAUGGCAAGAAUUAUUUCAAGAGGUUGGACUCUAAUGGAUAUGCCUUUCUUAAAGGUUGCUUCAUCGUCAAUCGCGACUAUUCAGGGGUGAAAAUUAGGAUUGACUCUCACCUAGUGCCCAAGGUUGACAAGUUUUGGUAUCUUGGCUUGGUCAUUCAGGCGGAUGGGGAGUUAGACGGGGAUGUUGCGCGUCGUGUUGGAGCAGUUUGGGCGAAGUGGAGGUUGGCGUCAGGAGUAUUGGGCGAUAAGAAGAUCUCGUCUAGGAUGAAAGGUAGGUUCUACAGGUUUGUAGUCAGACCAACUAUGCUCUAUGGAGCAGAGUGUUGGGCGGUUAAGAAGAUUCAUGUGCGUCGGCUAUAUGCGGCAGAGAUGCGGAUGUUGGAGGAGACUUUUUGAGUGACAUUUUGACCAAACAAUCACAGAGUUAAAAUAAAGGUAGCAGCUGUCCAGGGAGCACUCAUUAUCAUCAUUUACGCACAAAAAGGAAAAAAAACAUCCAAAAAGAGAGAGAGGUGCGCAGCAGGUUUUUCAAAAAACGCAGAGCUGGUUUUCUGGACGAUCGGAGGUCCUAAUCUUGUCUGAGCUGAAAUUUUAGGAGUUCAAGGACUCAUAAAGCUUCAAUCUGAACGGUGGAGAUCAAAUUCCAACGGUUAGAAAUUGUUUUGUGAGCUUCGCACCAGCUGCUGUUUUUGUAGAUGUUUUUACAUCUUUGAGUUGAUAUUUUUUAUUCUAGUGCCUUCGUAGUGUUGUUAAGGGCUAGAUAUCGUGGU